AUGUCAUCCCAAGCGAGCCAUUUCACCAAUGAUGACGCAGGCGAGGAAGAGGAGGAGCUCGAGGAGGACGAAAUGGAGGAGGACGCAGAUGAAGACGCGGAGGGCGACAUGGACCUGGGCACUCGUGAGCCUAAUCGGCUCAGCUUUCUGGACUCCCAAUUCGGGAAGCCGUUUGCGACGCAACCCACCACCACCACAUCCUUCGACCACCCGAAGCCCAUCUACUCCAAUCCCACCGAUGCCAAGCGCCCACGAUUGGACGAAAACUGGACUCACCGAUCGCCCCUCCGCAAGACUAAACUAUCACCUAAGAAGACAUCCGCCAUGCCUUCGAUCCUCCGCAACCUCGCGUCCCGAUGUCGCCCAGCCCCUGUGACUGAGCCAGCCGAUAUGAUCAUCAACACAGAGGACUCGCUUGGUCGCAUGUGGGAUGAUCUCCGGGAGACAAACACUAGACACAUAGACAUGGAUCUCUUAUUGUCGUACACCGCGAAUAAGGUGGCUGCUACUUGGGACAUUUGUGCAGAUCGCAGUGGGAUCACUCGUCCAUACGGCAAGGGCUCAAGCAUUGGCCCCGGCGAGGACGCACCAAACCUCGUCAAAGCGAGCUACUUGGCUUCCUUGUUACUGCAAAUCCAUCACCCUUCUCGUGCCUCCGCUCCAAUCGCUUCGGCAUCGAAUCCUGCUGCUCAUGGCGGGCCUGACAGUAUGAUCAAAGCUAUGCAACGGGCUAGUGUGGCGACCCCCGUGCCUCAGAUUCUCCUUGAUUGGCUGAACUCCAGCCAUUCGUCGCAAUCAAAUGAUCUUCAGGCGUUGCGGUACGUGGAGCCAAAUCCCACUGCGUCGUCCAAUUUCUGGGACAUUAUCAAUGCGACUGUUCUGCGCGGCCGAUUCGUGGAGGCUGCUGAGGUCCUUCGAUCUGCGGAUUUCAAUUACGCUCGAUCUGCUCUCGAAGAUGGACUUCCCCAGCCCGGCUACCGUGGCAAGCAGCUUCAGAAUAUCCAACACUGCGUCAACAAAGCUUUGCACAUUCUAGACUCAUGUCCUGGCUUCCAAGACGAUGACUGGGAUAUCACUGGUCCCGACUGGACUGAGUACCGCAAAAAAGUGCUCAAGGCAGUCACUGCCCUCGAAGAGUACGCCGAAGGUGGAGAAAAGGACGAACAACUUGAGCCCGUUCAAAAUCAGGGCUUCCAGGCCGUGAACUUUGGAUUCCCGAACCUCGGUCCGAAGCCCACAAGCUUUACUCAAUCGGCGCGUAUGGCAGAGAGCCGUGUUCCUUGGUCCAUUUACCAAAAUCUACGGGCCCUUUACCGUAUCAUUCUCGGGGAUACAUCUACAAUCAAGGCUUAUUCUCAGGAUUGGGUAGAGGCGACUAUCGGGUUGACCGCUUGGUGGGACGGCGAGGACGACGACACCAUUUCUGGCCCAGACUUCCGCACAAGCACAGGCAGCAAUGAUUUCCGACGGUCUCGCGGAUCUAAGAACCUCCGUGCCGUGGAUCGCAACAUGCGCGAUGCCUAUCUCCGACGUCUGGAUCUGGCCUUCGGCAAUGUUACCUCGAACGACGGCGCGGAGAAAGGAUUCCAGGUGAACACUUUGAACACCUUAGAAGUUGGACUCGCUUCAGUCUUCGAGGGCAACACUCAAGGUGUCCUAGAGCUGUUGCAAUCCUGGUCUUUGUGUGUUGCGGCGGCUGUUGCGGAGAUCUCCACCCUCGGAGGGUGGUUCGGCGUGUCCAGCAGUUCGAAGAUGGCUGGUUUGAACCAGAAUGAUCUGAUCGUUCUCUCUUACGGACAAGAUACGCGGCCUUCGCAAGAGCUCAGCAAAGACCAAGUUCUUUGCAAUUAUGCAGCCGGGCUUAAUGUGCGGGGGAGAAUCGAGAAUGAGACUGGGUCUCGCGACGGCUGGGAAUUGGCUUUGGAAGUCUUGAGCCGGGUGGACGACGGGCCCAUGAUGAAAAAGGCUGUCGCCGAGAUCAUCGACGCGCUACCGCUAGACGAUGUCACUCAGCUGGAUCGACUGGUCAUGCUUUGCUCGGACUUGGGACUGGAGGAGGAGGGUCGCCGUAUCUCUGAGCGUUUUGGUGAUUCAAUUACCAGCGAUUCUGAGAAGUUCGGCAUGGCGCUCAUCUGCUAUGCUCGUUCGCGCAACCGGCGCAAGGUCAAGUCGGUGAUUGAUCUGUUGAUAUCCUACAGUCUGGUGCACUCGCGCGCCUACCCCGCCGCAGAGGAUCUGGAUCCCGAACUCCGGUCUUUGCUCAAAGAGCCUAAGACCUGCCUUUCGGCUAUUGCUUCCGUUGAUGAGGAGGCUGCUCGCAUCCUGCAGUUCUACCUGAGUGGAUAUGCCACCCUGCGUCGGUUCUACGAGACUCGUGACGAGGCCUUGAACCUCAAGGAGGGGGAGUUGCCGCGCUUCAAGCCUCUUGCCCGCCGUCGCAUGGCUGGUAAGGCCCUCGCUGCUGUCAUCAGUAGUGCUGCAGACAAUAUCUAUGGAGGCUUGUAUGACCCGUCGCGCGAUUCCGCUGUUCAAGUCGACGGUCUGCUUGCCCUUCUUGGAGAAGCGCUUGUCUUUGUGAACCAACCUACUCCCGUCUUAUCCGUCUCGGAGCAAUUCACCAUUCUCUCGGCCAUCGAGGAUCUCGAGACGGUGACCCCUCGGGUCUUCGCUCAGUGUGAAGAAUGCUUCCGCUCCACCCUCCUGGCACAACGCAAUGCCCCUGAUGGAUUUGCACCGCCUUCUCCUCGCGAGAUGCUGAAGAAGUCUGUCUCCGGCCUGGCGGGAUCCACCUUCUCCCUCAUUGGCACUCAGGGGGUUCUUGUUCCUCACCCGGAGAAGGAUGCGGGCCGAGCCCGUGGAUGGGACUGGCGGGUCGGACUGCCUGAGUCGAUCAAGGGAGCCGACGUCCUUCGGCUUCUGCGCCUGGGCCUAGCAAAGGGCUUGAGCUACAGUGCUUUGGGGUCGGUUUGA